AUGGACCCGUGGGAGCCGUCGCUUCCUGGCGCAGGAGCUCAGCGUGUUGUGAUGUUGUUGCGACUGUACAUGCGCAUGGGGUACUACAGUUCACUCUCUGUGCUUGUGGUGGACGCUCUUUCGUUAACGUUUAAAGCCGAUGGGGCAACCGUGUCUGAGCUCAGCACGUACUUGGGUCUCACACCAGACAGUGUGGAAGCGGGAAUUGAAGGAAUUCCAAAGGAAGUGUGCUGUACAUCAACAGAUCUUCAUCAGGAGAAUAUUGGAGAUGAUUCGGAAGAGACAAAAGGAAAGGGUACACGUAAAAGAAAUCGACAAGAGGGUACAGAAGAAAAUGCUUUGCGAUAUUAUAUAAAUUAUUCUGCUCUCUUACCAUUUGUUUUCGCACAUGUUUCCCAUAUGUUGCUGGCUCUUUCUCAAAUACCUGUACCACAACAGACAGGAAAUGGAGGUUUAGGUGGAGAAAUUGCCUCGUUAAAUAUAUCUCCAACACUUCGACGUUCAGAUGGAAAACGUGGACUUUGUUGUACAUCUUGUCGCUACUGGAUGGCACUAAAAGAUAUGCGAUUAACUAUUUCACGAUGUCCUCUUUGUCAAUCAGAUAUACUUGGAAGUAUACUACGCGGAAUUAAGUCUCGUUAUGAUGAAAAAAUAAAAAGAGGUCAGCCCUUACUUUCCUUUGGUCCUUUACAGCAGCGAGGUUUAAGUUCAAGUAAACCGACAGAGACUGGUCAAAAUGUCACAUCUAAUGUGACUGGAGAUGAUAUAGCCGAUUAUCCUCUUGCACGCGAUCCUUUUCUUGUGCAACAAGGACUUUUUUUUCAUUUUCUGUUUUCUCAACCUUUUGUUUGUAUUAACGAUACUGCUUUCGUUAUAGAUGUUGAUGAAAUCAUGACGAAAGCGGAGUAUGAGUAUCGAUCGAUGCAUAGGGCAACCGUUCUGGAUCAAUUCCGUCUCGUCCACCGUAAUGCUGCCGCUAUUCGAGUAAAGUUAAUUGAUCAGGAAAAAUUGGACGCCGAUAGAUGUCAUUUGAGUGUGAUGAAACUAAAAAAACGUGGACAGUUGCCUCCAUGGCUGCGACCAGCCCCAUUGUUUCCAGAAGGCGAUGAACCUCCACCGCCGAUUGAAAAAGAAAAAGAUGAAGAAGAUGUUUCAGCAGACAUUGCAGGAACGCGGGGAACAAAGCGGGUACGGCGAGAACACGACAUUGUAGCAAAUGCAAGGUACAUUGCACGUCAGUUUUUUGAUGAUGAUUACGAUGAAAUUAUUCUUCAUAGAUCUUCACCUAGAUCUUGA